AAUUCAGAGUACAAAAACAAAGGGGAAUUAGAAAUUGGGAAGAAUGAGGAGAGAAAUGCUAUUUUAUAGUCGGUCGGUGCGUGUGGGCUACGCGUGGGAGUAAUACACAUAUAUCGAGCAGACCAAUCAACCCCCAGAAGGGGUAUUUUGGGUAUUUCAUUUUUAAAAAGCAGGGACAGUUUCGGAACAAGAAAAAAAAUUCUACACCUUAUUAGAGAUAUGCCAUUUUCGUAAUUAAUUGCUGAGACGAGGAGCAGUAACGUAAUUAACCAUAAAGUUACCGUUGGAACCCGUUUCAGUUUGUACAUGAAAACUGAGAAAAUUCAAGAGCGUCCAGAAGCCAACAUUCAUCGCCAACUUCGAUCCUAAUUUGGUAUAACUGAAAGAACAGAUUGAAUUGGCUAAACAAAGCACAAAUGGCAUCAACAAUUGGUCGUUUGUUUCAAGAUCAGAAUCUCAGUGUUCACUCUAAUGGAAAGGGUGGUGCAAAAACACAGAAGAAAGCUGGGUUUGGUGGAAGGAAACCUCUAGUAGAUGUAUCGAACAUUGGGAAGCCUGAUUUUUCCAAGGUGUCGAAAAAGCCUGCUCUUACCAAUGUUUCUGAAAUCAUUGCUGAUGCAAGCAACAAGAAAGGCCUUUCUAAAGCCUCGGAUAAAGUGCAGACUCGUGGCAAUCGGAAGGCACUAUCUGAUGUGUCUAACACAGUCAAGCCACCUGUGCAUAAGAAGUCAAGGGUUGCGGCACAACCACCUUGUGGUUUUGAGGAGGAAGGUUUCCUGCAUGACCAUCAACAGUGCAUCAAAUCUAUGAGAAAGGCUAAUCACAUGGAUCAAAUGGAUUUUUUUAUGAUGAUACAAGGAUCAGAUUCAUCCAAGAAGCUUCUGUCUCCAUGUGCAGCUUCUCAGUUUCUUAAAGUUGAGUUGGAUAGUCCCAUGAAGUACUUGGAUUUGAAAGAGAUGCCUGAGCUGUCUAUCAAGCUUGACUCUUCACCUCAUUGCAAGUCUCCACUAUCACCAAAUCAUACCAAGUCCAGUUGGGUUUGGGAUGAUUGUGAUUUUCAGGUGAUGGAAACACCUUAGUUUCCAAGGCACUGAUUCCCCCGUAACAGUGUAACUUUCAAACUGUGUACUAUGUGAUGCACCAUUAAUCCACUUGAAAUUGAUGUAGCCAGAGUCAUUCCAGAGGAUUUGGUUUUUGUUAGUCUGUUUCUAGUUUUUCUUUGUCCUCUGUAAAUAUCAUGUCUUAUGUUUUCGCCACAUUAAUGACACCCUCAUUGUGGAUUGAUAUAUGGAUGAUCUGACUUUUGGGAAUGAGUAUAAGAGUGAAUGUGAUGUGAAUUACCUGUCACACUUUACCUGUUUUUAUCA